GAUGGAGACAACUGUCCCGCUCUCAUUGGCAAACCGAAAGUGUUCUUUAUCCAGGCAUGCAGAGGAUGUGGGAUGCAGAGUAAAGUGCUGGUUGCAGAUGGUGCUGGUGCCAGUCGUAUCCAGAAAUCUGGCAAAGUAUACAGCAUUGCCAAAGAUUCUGAUUUUCUGAUUGCCCUGUCCACUGUGGAGGGAUAUGUGUCAGUCCGCGAUAAAUACAGUGGAUCAUGGUUUAUACAGUCCCUUUGCAAGCAUUUAGAAGAAGGAAGUAAACGAGGCCAGGACAUCUUGAGGAUCCUCACUAAUGUCAAUAACGAUGUAA